AUGUACCUACAUACACAACUCAAGGCUCGCAAGGUCGACUACUACUUCUGUGGUGGAUUCGCGUGCAUCAAUGUCGGCAUGACGGCUCGCACCACGUCUGGCAUCGACAUUGCUGUGCCAAAUGGCUCGCACGGGUACGGAACCCUACUCGAUAUAUUCUCACGGCCCCCCUUCAUCCAAGACAAGACCGGUGUCCUGCCGCCGGAUUCGUACUACUUCUACGUCGAGUCGAGCGGGAACUUUGUCGAAGUCGACGGUGUCAUUGCCGGAUUCAUGGCCUUCCCGGAGUUCGACCCCUCGAAGGUCAUACAAGUGGGCAAGCAGAUGCAACUCAACUUCCUCGAGCCGGCAGGCCUUCUCAGGUUGAAGUUAAGCAGCUGGGCAAACGAGACACGCCGCAACGGACCCAAGCGAGGGGGUGAUAUGUCCGAUAUCACGUCGAUCCGCGAUCUGCUGGCUAGUAACGGCAUGGCGAUGGAUCUAGUGGGCUUACGCAGUGACAUGGCUAAGGGCCUUCGGGAAUGGGUCCACGAGUUCAAGGACUUAAAGAACUGGCAGAGACUGGAUAGGCAUUACAAGGGCUAG